GGAAGAAUUUCCUCCUUUGCUCCAGCUGUAACUGAGCUGAAACUGUAUAAAUUUAGAAAUCGUAACUAAAUCAAGGCUGUUUCACUCUUACAAAGAAUAUGGCAACUGGAGGAUACCAUGUACGACCAAAGAUUGUAGAAGAAAACUUCUCGUGUCCUGUUUGUUUGGAGGUUUUGGAAAAUCCCAUCUCAAUACCUUGCGGUCAUACGUUCUGUAAUAAUUGCUUGGACUCUUGUGAAAAUAUUUCUGGGUCUUCAACAUGCCCUGUUUGUCGGUCCAGUUUCAGUGUUCACGAGAAGCGCAGAGCUAGAGAUAUUCAUAGACAGAUCCUUCAAAGUAGUGGAUCCUGUUCAGGCUGUAAUAGACAGUUUCCCAUGUCCAGAUUAAGAGAACACAGAUCAUCUUGCACAUCAAUGCCUGAUCAGUCGUUCUCUCCUAUUGCCCCUACUUCUCAACCGUGGCCAGAAACUAAAAAUCGGUCAACAUUCGCCUGUCCUUUCUGCAACCAGAGAAACUUUGACAGUAGUGGACUGUUGCAACAUGUAAACAGCAAUCACAAAAAUGAAAGACAGUCUGUGGUGUGUCCAAUCUGUGCCAACAUGCCGUGGGGGAAUCCCCAGCAGAAAAGUGGGAAUUUUGUUCAGCACCUUAAUCUGCGGCAUAAAUUUGAAUAUGACACAUAUGUGGUGAGUCAGUAGUUGUGAAACUUUAGGUAGCUUAAUAAGCAAUGAUGAUGGU